AUGCAAAUAUCGCUUCUUUUGUGUUGUUUUUUUCUUCUAAUAAAUUCCAAAGCGACAAGGAGUCUGCAGGCUAAUAACCCUGUCAACAAUGAUAAGAAUAGUAAAGAUGCUAUUAAGAAUGGAAGCCAAAUCGAUAAAGAUAAAAAAAACGACAACAGUGAAGGAAUAAAUAAUAACAUCAAUAAAGGUAAUAAUGAAAGAAACAUAUGUUCAUGUGACUUCACGGACAGAUUGAAUUUCAUCCCUGAGGAACAAACUAAAGUUGUGUGCAACCUGAAUCCACAUCAUGGGGAAGAGAUAAAAAUAUGGGUCAAUAAAGAAUAUGAAAUAGAGUGUUUCAAUAAUUCAAAAGUUUAUUGCCCUUUGAAAGACCACAUUAUAAACAAUGCAAAUAUUACUACAUAUUCACCAAAAUUAACGUAUGAAAUAAAGGAUGUAACACAUAGAGAUAAGGAAGUCAAAGAAUAUCAUUUAAUUAUUGAUAAAGAUGCAAGUGAUAUUUUAUUUUAUUGUACAAUUAAACCUAAACAAGUUUCAAAAUUAUUAGGAGAAGUUAAAGUAAAUUUGAAGAGAGAAGUUAGUGAAGAAUAUUCUGUAGAAAAUGAAAAUGGUGCACAUGUUUGUGAUUUUUCAAGGGGAAAUUUAAGUAUUGCACCAUCAGCUGGAUUUUACUAUAAGAAUUCUAAAUCAGUUAGUUGUAUUUAUUUAGUUGUACCUAAUAAACUAUUUUUAAUAAAAUUACCCAAAUUGGAUAUUGUCACAGAACGUUUUUUACCUAGUUUAGUUAACUGUUUGUCCGAAUAUUCUUCUAUUAAUUUUAAUUUAAAACAUGUGGAAGAAUCCGAAGAUGCAAUUUCUUUACAUCUAUCUUUUGGAGAUUUUAAAAAGACUUUCAAUUUGUCUUGUUCCUUUGAUUUAUCAGAAUAUGCUGUUGAACCUUGUUCCUUUGGCAAGAAGGGAAUCGUAACCUUUUACUUCACUGUGUAA